AUGGAUAGUGCUUUAAUCCUUGAUAACUCUCCUAUAAAAACUAUGAUCUCACUUGAAGAUAGAAUUAAGGCUUAUAAAGAAAAAAAAGAUGAUGUAACAGAAUUAUUUUAUCAAGUAGCUGACGAAGGUAAUGCAGAAGCUCAACUUCAGAAAGCAGCUGAUAACCAAAAUCCUACUGCAAUAUAUAAUUUAGGAAAAAUGUAUCUUGAAGGUAAACAUAGUUUUCAAAAAGAUAAGACUAAAGCUAAAUGA